ACAUCUCACCUAGCUACUAGCUAUCUCUUCCAAACUCUUCUCCUACGAACCACGAACUUUAAUGGCGUUCCAAGCUAUCGAGAGCCACCGUGCCGGCGCCGACGUCGUUCGCGGCGAUACGGCGUUGUGCAAGAAGGCGGCAGUCGAGCUGCUUGCAGAGAUUGGCCUCCCCAAGGGACUUUUCCCUCUUGACGACAUGCAGGAGUUCGGCUACAACCGUGAGGCAGGGUUCAUGUGGCUCGUUCAGGGAAAGAAGAAGGUGGAGCACACGUUCAAGAAGAUCAAGCAAACGGUGUCUUACGCCGGCGAGGUGACGGCGUUCGUGGAGAAAGGCAAGCUGAAGAAGAUCGCAGGGGUGAAGACCAAGGAGCUCAUGCUGUGGCUCAGCGUCGUAGAAGUGUACGUCGACGAGUCGGCUCCCGGCAAGGUCACCUUCAAGACUGGCACUGGACUGUCUGAUUCCUUUGAUGCUACUGCAUUUGACCUUGGGAUGUAAAACUGCCAAGUAAAAGCUGCCCUUGUUGUUCUUCUUGUAUGAGUCAAUCAGUCAUCAGUAAUUGACUAAUUCAGUAUCCAA